CCCCUCCCGCGGCGCCAUGCGCAGGCUCAGUUCCUGGAGGAAGAUGGCGACGGCCGAGAAGCAGAAACACGACGGGCGGGUGAAGAUCGGCCACUACAUCCUGGGGGACACGCUGGGGGUCGGCACCUUCGGCAAAGUGAAGGUUGGCAAACACGAAUUGACUGGGCAUAAAGUUGCUGUGAAGAUACUUAAUCGACAGAAGAUUCGAAGCCUUGAUGUGGUAGGAAAGAUCCGCAGAGAAAUUCAGAACCUCAAGCUCUUCAGGCAUCCUCAUAUUAUUAAACUGUACCAGGUCAUCAGUACACCAUCUGAUAUUUUCAUGGUGAUGGAAUAUGUCUCAGGAGGAGAGCUAUUUGAUUAUAUCUGUAAAAAUGGAAGGCUGGAUGAAAAAGAAAGUCGACGUCUGUUCCAGCAAAUCCUCUCUGGCGUGGACUACUGCCACAGGCACAUGGUGGUCCACAGAGACCUGAAACCCGAGAAUGUCCUGCUGGACGCGCACAUGAAUGCCAAGAUAGCUGAUUUUGGUCUUUCAAACAUGAUGUCAGAUGGUGAAUUUUUAAGAACAAGUUGUGGCUCACCCAACUAUGCUGCACCAGAAGUAAUUUCAGGAAGAUUGUAUGCAGGUCCAGAGGUAGAUAUAUGGAGCAGUGGGGUUAUCCUCUAUGCAUUAUUAUGUGGAACCCUUCCAUUUGAUGAUGACCAUGUGCCAACCCUUUUUAAGAAGAUAUGUGAUGGCAUCUUUUACACCCCUCAGUAUUUAAAUCCUUCUGUGAUCAGCCUAUUGAAACAUAUGCUGCAGGUGGACCCUAUGAAGAGGGCCACAGUCAAAGACAUCAGGGAACACGAAUGGUUUAAGCAGGAUCUUCCAAAAUAUCUCUUUCCUGAGGAUCCAUCCUAUAGUUCAACCAUGAUUGAUGAUGAAGCCUUAAAAGAAGUGUGUGAGAAAUUUGAGUGCUCAGAAGAGGAGGUCCUCAGCUGCCUUUAUAACAGAAAUCACCAGGACCCUUUGGCCGUUGCCUAUCACCUCAUCAUAGACAACCGGAGAAUAAUGAAUGAGGCCAAAGACUUUUACUUGGCGACAAGCCCACCUGAUUCUUUUCUUGAUGAUCACCAUUUGACUCGGCCCCAUCCUGAAAGAGUGCCCUUCUUGGUUGCUGAGACACCCAGGGCACGCCAUACCCUUGAUGAAUUAAAUCCACAGAAAUCCAAACACCAAGGUGUAAGGAAGGCAAAAUGGCAUUUGGGAAUUAGAAGUCAAAGUCGACCAAAUGAUAUCAUGGCAGAAGUUUGUAGAGCAAUUAAACAACUGGAUUAUGAAUGGAAGGUUGUAAACCCAUAUUAUUUGCGAGUCCGAAGGAAGAAUCCUGUGACAAGUACAUACUCCAAAAUGAGCCUACAGUUAUACCAAGUGGAUAGUAGAACGUAUUUAUUGGAUUUCCGAAGUAUUGAUGAUGAAAUUACUGAAGCCAAAUCAGGGACUGCUACACCACAGAGAUCGGGAUCAGUUAGCAACUAUCGAUCUUGCCAAAGGAGUGAUUCAGAUGCUGAGGCUCAAGGAAAAUCCUCAGAAGCUUCUCUUACCUCAUCUGUGACCUCACUUGACUCUUCUCCUGUUGACUUAACUCCAAGACCCGGAAGUCACACAAUAGAAUUUUUUGAGAUGUGCGCGAAUCUAAUUAAAAUUCUUGCACAGUAAACCUAAAACUUUGCUUAUUUCUUUGAUAGCAAUAAGCAUGCAUAAUAAAUUAUAGCCAAAUGCUUCCAUUUAUAAUCAAGUUAUACAUCUUUAUAACUGAGGAUUGGCCUUUUGGAAUGUACUUUGCACAGGGAUUAGAACAUGAUUAAUAGUUAAAAACCUAAUGUGCAAAAAUGAAUUAAGAUAAUUUUGUUCAUUGUUCAGUAGGCCUAUAGCAUAAUAUAAUAUACACAAUGAAUUAUAGGUCUCUCAGGCUCACUUGAUUUUUGGCUAUUUUAUAUUUAGCAUACACAGGGCUUUGUAGAAUAUUAAUUUACCAUAAAGGCCUUCAUAUAUUAUUACAUGUUGUGUUAUAUAUUUGCUUCAUAAAUUUAUUCAAUAAAUAUUUGCCUAGAAUCCUCAGAGAAUUUUAUAGGUGAUUUUGUUUUCUGGGCUCCUUAAGUAGCAAGUAUCUUCUAACAGUAGGGACAGUGUGGAUGACUUUUCUGUAUCCCUCCUUAAUAUUCUAUAGUAUACGGUAAGUCACAUCAAGAUAUUAAACACAUGCAAGUUUUUUCUUCAGCUUCAUUAAGUCAAAAAACACACAGAAUUAACAUAUUGAGAUAUUCUAGGCACUGUUUAAUCUUAACAAUUUAUCCCAUUAUAUUCUGUACAUAAAUUGCUCUUUUUGUCACAAGAGCUGAGUUGCAUAUACUGUAAAUAAAUCAUGUUGUUUUUGCCAAUCUCACAGAUUCCUCUGCUCAUGUCAGUCAGUAUUGAAUGUGUGCAAACACUUCUUGUUAUUCGAUUAUGUAUCUUUUAAAUUGAUUCAGUGCACAGAAAAAACAUCUCUUACAAACUAUUUAAAUGUUCAGAUAAGACACUUUCUCCCAAAUUUUAUUAUAAACAUUUUUACAUGUGUAUCUACCACUUGGAUUCAAUGCUUGUUAACAUGUUGCCACAUGUGCUUUAUAUCUAAUUGUGUAUAUAGAUAGUUAUAUAUGUGUAUAUAUGAUAUACUCCUCUGAACCAUAAGGGUGUUGCAGACGUACUCAUCGACCCGCAACACUUCAAGCAUGUUCUAAAAAUAAUGAUACUGUCCUUAAAAAAACAGUCGUGUUAUAAAAAUAAUUCCAUACUGUCAUCUAAUCAUGCAUAUUUGGACUUCCUUGCUUGUCCUCCAAAUUUGUUUUACAGCUGGUUAUUUCAAACCAGAUCCAGUUCAAGUUUACCUAUUGCAUUUGGUUAUGUCUCCUUAGUCAGGUAUGACAUUUUUAUAAAAUAUGGAACAAAUUGGACAAUUCUAAAUGGUUACAUUUGUUUUGAAUUUUAAUUUUUAAAAAACAGCAUUAUGGGAACUGCCCAAAGAUGCCUAAUCUUUCUAAGAUUUCUGAUUUAUAUUGUUUUUCUUGCUCUUAGUAAUAGCAUCACACAAUAGGUAUAAAUGAAGAUAUGAAGUCACCUCGGAUAAAAUUGGUAUCGUGUAUGCUAAUAAAAAAUAAGUAUUACUCAUAUUUGCCUUAUACUAUUUUAACUUCAAGAAAUUGAUAUUUUUCCUAUUAAUCAUUUUUCCAUUGCAACGGUUAUCUUUUUUUCCCUUUUAAGACUACUUGUUAAUAUAGUUUUUGUGUUUUGUUUUAUUUUUUGCAAAUACAGUGAGCACCUGUGUACUUAGACAAUAAUGUACUCAGAUGCCAUGAGAGCUUGCAUAGUUACUGUAGUUGUAGAUUUGGUUCCAGCACCCCGAGAAACAUGCACUGAAUUCAAAAGAAAAAUCGUGGCUUCUUUUUGUCCAGGCAAAAGGCUUGUUCUAUUCAAUUUAGAAUCUGAAAGCUAUAUAAAAUAAUAGCAGUUCCAUUUAAAUAUAAGUUCGAAACUGUAUUUUAACCUGUAUGUGGCCCUCUGUUUUGAAGAUACUGAUUUUAAGUAGGCUCUCUAAAUGCAGCAUUUGUUCCUGAUAUUAAGAACAGAAGACUGUAUUUUUAAAGUUACAAAUUUGUAUAUAGAACUAAGACAUUGUUGUAAUGUCUCUAUAAGCUGUUGGGGGGUGGGGUGGGGAAUAAAAGGAGGAACCAAUUACAUAGGACCUUCCAAAAAUUGUUAAUUUUGUAAACUUUGCUUCUUUUUAAGUUAUUGUUUCCUUUUAGUUACUGAGUUUUAUUGUGAAGAUAUUUAAAUAUUGCACUUGUACAAAUAGUAUGAUAAAUGCACGGACUAUUGCAGUAACUUCUUUUUUAAGCUGGGAUAUUUGAAAUGACAACUUUUGGUUGAGUGUGUAAAGGUUGCACCAGAAUUUUCACAAAUUUAUUGUAGUUUGCAAAUUCUUACUAACUGAAGAUGUAAAGGAGUCAAUGCAAAUGAUUUUUAAUCUUUUUUUAUUAUCUUUUCAGCAAUUUAUAUUUUUUGUGAUUUUAUGCAACCAUAUUUUUACUUUGUUUUGACAACUGAAAGAUGUAUAAGGUUUUUGCCAGAAAUGUACUAUAUACAUAGUUUUAAAUAUAACAGAUUUUACUGAUAUGUAAAAAUUUUGCCAUUAAAAUAAAUGAUUUCUCUCUGAGAGGAAUUUUUCUACCAGGUUGGGGGAUAUGGGAGCUUAAUAUAUCAUAUCUAAUUUAAAAUAAUUUCACUGAAAUAAACUCCAUUGCUUUUACUUUGAUUAUAUUUUCUCUUGAGGUGCUUUUAUAGUUUUUCAGAGUUUUAAAUGGUUGUAUAUAAGAAGUUCUGCCCUCUCCUACCCUUGCCUCACCCUUUUUGACCCGGCAGUGAUACCCUUCACAUUGAAUUAAUGCUUGGUGGACUAUGGCUGUGUGCAGGACUCUAUGCGCCUGUGCUCUGACUGGCACCUUUGGAAUGAAAGAAAAAUGUGUGUUGUUUAAAUCUUAUCUAACUCCUUCUAUUGCCUACCUCCACAAUAGAAAUCUCAUUUUCAUUUUGAGUUCUGACCAGAUGAAUGA